GCGCGGCGGGCGUCUCGCUGUUCGAGCCGCCGCUGCAGAUCUACUGGACCUGGCUGCUCCAGUGGAUCCCGCUGUGGAUGGCCCCCAACUCCAUCACCCUCCUGGGCCUGGCCAUCAACUUGCUCACCACGCUCGUGCUCAUCUCCUACUGCCCCACGGCCACCGAGGAGGCACCAUACUGGACAUACCUUUUAUGUGCACUGGGACUCUUUAUCUACCAGUCACUGGAUGCUAUUGAUGGGAAACAAGCCAGAAGAACAAAUUCUUGUUCUCCUUUAGGGGAACUUUUUGACCAUGGUUGUGACUCUCUUUCAACAGUAUUUAUGGCAGUUGGAGCUUCAAUUGCUGUGCGCUUAGGAACUCAUCCUGACUGGUUGUUUUUCUGCUCUUUUAUUGGGAUGUUCAUGUUUUAUUGUGCUCAUUGGCAGACUUAUGUUUCAGGCGUGUUGAGGUUUGGAAAAGUGGAUGUAACUGAAAUUCAGUUAGCUUUAGUGAUGAUCUUUGUGUUGUCUACAUUUGAAGGAGCAACAAUGUGGGACUAUACGAUACCCAUUCUAGAAAUAAAAUUGAAGAUAUUUCCAGUUCUUGGAGUAGUAGGUGGAGCAAUAUUUUCCUGUUCAAAUUAUUUCCAUGUCAUCCUCCAUGGUGGUGUUGGCAAGAAUGGAUCCACAAUAGCAGGCACUAGUGUCUUGUCACCUGGACUCCACAUAGGAAUAAUUAUUAUAUUGGCAAUAAUGAUCUGUAAAAAGUCAGCAACUAAUGUGUUUGAAAAGCAUCCUUGUCUUUAUACCCUUAUGUUUGGAUGUGUCUUUGCUAAAGUUUCACAAAAAUUGGUGAUAGCUCACAUGACCAAAAGUGAACUGUAUCUUCAAGACACUGUCUUUUUUGGCCCAGGUCUUUUAUUUUUAGACCAGUACUUUGAUAAUUUUAUAGACGAAUAUGUUGUUCUUUGGAUAGCAAUGGUCAUUUCUUCAUUUGAUAUGAUGAUGUACUUUAGUGCUUUGUGCCUGCAAAUUUCAAGACACCUUCAUCUAAAUAUCUUCAAGACUUCAUAUCAUGAAGCACCUGAACAGGUUCAAGUUCUUCCUUCAAAGAGUCAUCAGAAUAACAUGGAUUGAAGAGACUUUCGAACACUUGCCAUCUCUUGCUGCUGCUGUUACAUGAAAGGAAAUAUUAAACAUUUGUUUAAUUUUUAGAUAAGUGUUAUACAUAUUUCAGCAAAUAAAAUAUUUCAAUGCUUGCAUUA